UCUUACAAAUAUUAUACAUGUAUACGUGUGCGUGCAUGAAUGCGUUCUGCGCGCGCAUUAUAUAUUUAUGUAUGUGUAUGUAUUUAUUUAUGUAUAAAUACAAAAUUUGGGAGAGGCUUAUUUAAUACUUAACAUAUCGGACACACAUAUUAAUAUAUCUAAAUGCAUAUAUGUAUACAUGUGUGUACAUGUGUACGUAUAUAUGUAACCAAAGAGAUAAGAUUACAUGUCUAUCGCGAGUGUUCUUCUUCUCGUGUAUGCCACCUCUAUUAAAACCGUCUCUUUCGUUCUAUCGAGCUACAAAUCGUGUCGAGCCGUAAUAAUGAGACAACAAAGUAUCUUCUUACGCUUCUCUAUUCUGUGAAACUCGAUAUGAAUUGCCGGAUAAUCGCAAGUUCGCGUUUUCUCGCGAUCCUUGGCUCGAUCACUAUCCUUUCCUCUCUCGUUCUUGCCGAUUAUUCUUGUUCGGUUCUCUGUGAUUGUGACAUUUGGUACAGUUUGAAACGUGCCAGUUGUGUUGGACAACGUAUUUACAGUAUUCAUACCGGUGCACCCAAUUUUAUACAAGCUUUAGAUUUAUCAGACAAUUCGAUAUCUUCUUUAGGAGCCGGUGAACUUGCAGAUGCCGGGUUGACAAAUCUGAAAUAUCUAAAUUUGUCACAAAAUGCAAUCAGUGAUAUUAGUUUAGAAGCUUUUUCUAAGAUCACCGAGCUGACAGUAUUAGAUCUUUCAAGAAAUCAUCUCUAUCAUCUUCUCCCAGACAUCUUUCUUGAAACCAAGAAUCUACGUGUAUUGAAAUUAUCCAGGAACAAUUUUAACACACACGUACCGAAAUUGCAAUGCCCAUGGUUGACGGAAUUGGAUAUGCGCUCGUGUCAAAUCAGUCACAUACCUUUGGACACGUUCGCUGGACUGACUCAUCUUCGAAGCCUCGAUCUCACAAACAACUUGAUGAUUCAGCUAGAUAACGUUAUCCUCGAGCCCUUGCAUUUCUUAAGGAAACUAUUGUUGGAAGGAAAUCCAUGGUCUUGCAAUGGAAUAAUAUACGAUCUGGAAAAUAAUCUACGUUUGAGGCACGUGGAAUAUGACCCGAUUUGCAAUAAAACAUCGCAAGGGCCAAAGAAAUUCGAGAAGAUGAUAUUGAAGCCAUUGAUGGAUUCGAAAGUUCGUACGCAUUCUUCAAAGGAUUAUGUAAAGUUCAAGGAAAGUCCUAAAUGCAAUAACGAAAUUCAAAAUUCUUCUAUUACUUUAACUAACGAUUUACAAACGACUAACAAAACGUACUCGUCCAUGACACCCUAUUGGUUUUUAAUUAUGGGAUUUUUAUUUGGUUGUGCUACGGGCAUAUUAGUUUGUUAUUUGUAUUUUUGGAAAAAAUCCAUAUGUUGCUGUCGCGAAGACAAUUAUCAUGCUCAUACGACGUACGACGAUCCUCAAAGAGUUUCUCUACUUCGUAAUCAAUGGCACGUAGCAACAACAGGGCCUACGCUCAAUUCAAGUCAAACAAUAUCCUGUCCAGGUACUCCUCCGCCACCGUAUCGUGAAGUUAUGUUACGACCGGGACUUUAUAGAGCCGCAACUCCAAUUUAAAUAACAAUACUACCGGAUACGGUACGUGAUCAAAGUAACGUUAGAAAAAAUGGGACUUCUCUAUAUUACGCACCAUCGUAUAAUAAUAUUCAUGUCAAUUAAUAAAUCGAUUUAUCGUGCUUUCAUCAUCGCAGUAUAUUACACGGGCAGAUUGAAAAGUUUUGAGUCCCGACAAAUGACAUAUUAGUUUUAAAUAAAAAUUCAUCGGGAAAAACUUCUUUCUAUGUUAGGUUCAAAAUUUAUCAAUUCAUCCACGUAUGUUUUAUAAACUAAAACAUUUUUUUUUUCUAUUUUGUGCAUACCUUAGAUAAAAAUUAUAAUAGUACGAGUUGUUAAAAUUUGAUAAAAAACGAAGUAAAAAUUACACAUAUUAGAGAGAUAACAUUCGACAUGAUUAAAAGUA